AUGACAGAGGAGGAGCUCGCUGAGCUGGCAACCCCUAUGGAGGGGUCUGGAGAGCAGAAGAGUUACUUUGUGCGUCUGGGCUCCCUGUCUACCAAACUCCGCCAGCGAGCCUACCAGCACGCCCUGGGCAAGAUGAGACAAGCCAGGCAGCACACCCUGGAGGCCCUCUCCCAGCUCCAGCAAACCAUCGACCUGAUGGAACAUGCCAAGCAGGCCGUGAGUCAGAAGGUUCAUGAUGGGCAGGAGAAGCUGCAGCAGAUGUGGCUAGAGUGGCACAAGGGCCAGCUGGGAGGCAAUGAUGACAGCUCACCACAGCCAGAGGAGAUGGCGUCCCAGGCUCUAGCCACUUCCCAUAACCUCAUCCUGCAGGUGCAGACUGCCUGCCAUAGCCUCCUGCCCAACAUCCAGGGUCUCCCUGCCGCUCUCCAGGAGAAGGUUCAGCAAGCCUAUGAGAACAUGGGAGAGCUCCAGACUUCCUUCUCCAAUGUCCAGUCCUUCCAGGAGCUGUCUGAGGGUAUCCUGACCCAGACCCGGGAGAAGGUGACCAAAGCCCAGGAGUCCCUGGAUGAGCUGCUGGAAUAUGUGGUGCAGAAUGCUCCCCUCACGUGGAUUGUGGGACCCUUUGUUCCUGCUGGAGACUCCACAGAGCCAGUGGGGGAACCAGCAGAGGAGAAGGUCACAGUCUGACGGUUUCAUACCCAUGCCUCCUCUGCCCCCAUGCUGCAGAUGUUUGUGGUGAACAGCAUGUUGCACUCUUCAGUUGUUGCAGCAACUCUCAUGGAAUGGAGGCAAAUCUCAUCACCUUGAUGAUCCUAGCUGCACUGGGUCUGCUAUUCUAAUACCUUGGCUUUCUCACCUCCUCACUAGUUAGUGAAUGACAGGAUAACUUCUCAUGAGUCCCAACUGUCUAGAACACCCACCUAUUAAACGGGCCUUAUGCCUUCUGAGGGCUUCCAGCUGUGACUCAUGGUGACUUGGCUUCUAACAGCUGUUGAUGGGUUUGCAGGAUGGGAGAACCAGCUCAGUAGGUCCAACUUCCAGGCUGGAGAAGGGUGGGUCAGAGAUGGGAACCCCACUACAUAGGAAUCCUGUGGUGUUGAGCACAUGCUGGCUACAGGGGCUGACUCCAGUCCACCUAGAGGUUCUAAGGGAUCAUUUGUCCAGUAUGAGGGCUCCACCUUGCCUUCCUCCAAACAGCGUUUAACCAGUGCUGCUAGUUCAGUUAUUAUGGGUGUUCCUCCCACCUCUCAUUCCUGUGCUGGGUUUCUCUAAGGUAACUGUAACAAGCCUUGUUAAUGGAACUGCAUAUGGGCUGGUGGAUAUAAAAGGUCUCUCUGCUGGUGACUAAACACUUCUGUAUGUUAACACAACUAGCCUCUUCCACAAUAAACACGAGCUGCUUUCAACAAAGGUCUCUCGUCCUUGUGUUCAUCUGCAGAUCUCUCCACGUGGCUCCCUGUCUUGCUAUCCCACCUCAAAUGUACCCUCUGACUGAGCCAGGUUCUGGAGACCAGCUCUCUCUGAGUAGGGCAGCCUGACUCCGGUUCCUUUGCUGACUUGCUGUCCUGGGCCUUCCCAACUCCCUAGGACAG